AGAAGGGCAUUUUUCUAAAAUUAUAAAUAAAGACUAAAAUAUAAUACUUUAUUGUCUGAAAAUAUGGGAACUCAUAAUUCAGAACCAUUUACAGGUAUUUCUUCAGAUGCACCACUUGAUCAUAGUGAUCAAGUGGAAUGUUUUUCAGAUUUGAAUUUUACGGAGGAUUCGAUGCGUUCUCCAGGGUUUUCAAAUCGUCUUUCUCAGUCUAGUUUAACCCUUCAUCGAUCUGCUUCUUGGCAUCGACUUUCACCAUCUCAUUCGGAAACUAGUCAGAUUUUUUCAGACAAUAGGGAUAAUUCAAGUAGAGCAUGUUUGAUUCAUGAUGUUAAUACGGGCGGGAUGUAUAAUUUUGAUAUAAAAGAUGUGAUUCCUCCAAUUCCUAUUAUUUCAUCAAAUGUUCGUCCUCUUCCAGCUUCGGAGGCCUGUAAUCAUCAUGCUGAUAAAAGACAUGGAGAUCCAGUGAUAUCUCAUGUUUCUUCAGGAGAUAUUCCUGUUUCUUCAGUAUCAACUACCAAUUCUAAGAAAUGUAAAUAUUCAAGUAUUUUAUAUACGGAUGGUCAGCCACAAGAAGCGUAUGAACAUUUGUCGAGUGAUGAUGACAGUGCUUCUGUUACUUCGCGUCCAAGUUCACAUAUUGAUUCAGCUGAUUCUAAAUCUGAAAAAGUGGAAGAAGAUGUUUGCUUUCCUAUGACUGAGGAAUGUAGAGUAGUAAAAGGAGUUGUUGAUUUUGAAGAAUUAAAUAAGUUUGUUACUUCUCAGUGUUUAAAGGAUUCAGAUGUUUCUUUUACUAAGUCACGAAAGUAUAGUACUGGAUCAGUUGUAAAGGGAGCUUUUGCAUCCAAAAAUUACUUAUCUCUAAAUUUAGAUAAGUGCGAAAAUGAUGUAUUUGAUGAGAAUUAUAAUGAUAUUCCGUAUAAAAAUAGUCUAUCUUCUAGUGCUGCUGCUUUGGACCCUCAACAAAAGGUUGAAUUUUGUAACAAGACGGAAGGCAUAGACAUAUCCGAUAGAUUUAGUUUUUUUUCUUCAAAUACAGAGAAAACUAUACACGUUCGUGAGAUUGGAGAUAUUCUUUUGGAAGGAAAGACUUUUCAAGAUAUUUUUGGGCCCGAUCGUGGGACAUGGUGGUUGGACUGUUUGAAUCCAACCGAUGUUGAGAUGAAAAUGUUGCAAAAAGUGUUUUCUAUUCAUCCUUUGACAGCAGAAGAUAUUCGUGUUCAAGAAACUCGCGAAAAAGUUGAAUUGUUUCGCUCUUACUAUUUUGUUUGUUUUAGAUCGUUUGAACAAGAUGCUCAAAGUGAAGAUUAUCUCGAACCUGUUAAUAUCUAUAUUGUUGUAUUCAGGGAGGGUCUUUUAACUUUUCAUUUUUCUCCAAUUGUACAUCCUGCAAAUGUUCGGCGGAGAAUUCGUCAGCUUCGUGACUAUGUAGAUAUUUCUUCUGAUUGGAUCUGUUAUGCACUCAUUGAUGACAUUACUGAUGGAUUUGGUCCCUGUAUCCAUUCUAUUGAGAAAGAGACUGAUGCUAUUGAAGAUGCAGUCUUAAUUACUCGAAAUCACGAAUCCAGAGAGAUGCUUCGAGCUAUUGGCUGUUGUAGAAGAAAAGUUCUCAGUCUUUUCCGUCUUUUGUAUGGCAAAGCGGACGUUAUCAAGAUGUUUGCCAAGAGAUGUACUGAGAAUUACAACGUUGCUCCUAAAAGUGAAAUUGGAUUAUAUCUUGGUGAUAUACAAGAUCAUUUAAUUACAAUGACCCAGAAUUUAAUUCAAUUUGAAAAGAUUUUAUCUCGAUCUCAUUCAAAUUAUUUAGCACAACUAUCAAUCAGUUAUGUUCAAUCUAAUGAACGAAGUAGUGCUAUGUUUUCUAAAAUCACCGUCAUUGGAACAAUUUUUCUUCCCGCAAAUAUUAUUACCGGCCUUUUUGGCAUGAAUGUUGCUAUUCCAGGUGAACACAAAUCUGGCUGGUUUUGGGGAAUAUUCUGGUGCAUUAUAGGAUAUAUUGUUCUAGUUUUACUAAUAGCUCGUCACUUUAAGCUUAUUUGACCCUUUUAUAUACAUAUUUCUAAUAUUUCUCAUGAUGUUUAAAUAUGUAUUAUUUUGUUUUUUUCCCCAUUUCUUUAUCUC